GCCACCAGGAAGUGCUGGGAGAUAAAUCCUAAAGUAAUAAUCCCUUUUACCUGGAGCGAGAGGACCGAACAAACAUUAUUAUGCAGUGUAUCCGGGGAAAGCCCUCCUUUUAGCUUCAUGUGAUCGAUGCGUCUUUUCAGUGUGUGACACUCGAUUAAUGCAGGGUCAAAAAUACACCGUCAACUCCCUGCAAGUUGGGGUUAUUGUUUUCCUGCGGUGUAGCGUUUAGUUUUUUGCGAUCCUAACCUCUCUCCGGCAAUGGGAUGCUGUGGAAGCACAGAGAGGACAAAAAGAGAAUGGAAACCACUGGAGGACCGAAGCUGCACGGAUCUGCCGUGGUUCCUGUUAUUCACAUUGUUCUGUGUAGGAAUGUGUGGAAUCUGUGGUUUUACCAUCAUGACUGGAGGGGCGGCGCGGCUGGUGUUUGGAUAUGACAGCUAUGGGAACACAUGCGGCCAGCGCAACGAGGCCAUCGAAGGGGUCCGGCUGAGCGGUCUUGACCACACAGACAGAAAAUAUGUCUUUUUCCUGGAUCCAUGCAACAUAGACAUCAUCCAGAGGAAGAUUAAAUCCAUGGCGCUGUGUGUGUCACAAUGUCCCACAGAGGAACUGUCGACUUACUACGACCUGAAGAGGUUCGCCAUGAUGAAUGGGUCUGAGCUUUGUUCGUACGAGUUACCUGGUCAUAAGUACCCACAACUUCCCGAGCGCUUCGACAAGUGUCCCAAACUUCCAGUACCAGAGAGCAAAGCUCUUCCAGUAUUUAACCGCUGCACGCCGGUGGAUAUCUCCUGCUAUGCUAAGUUUGCUGAAGCGGUGGUGACGUUUGUCAGUGAUAACAGCAUGUUAAACAGACUGAUCGCCGGGGUGGCGGCCAGCAAAGAGAUCAUUGUCGGGCUUUGUCUGCUGGCGCUAGUUCUGUCCAUGAUCCUCAUGGUGAUAAUCCGUUACAUCUCUGCUGUCCUGGUUUGGAUCCUCACUGCAAUGGUGGUUCUGGGUUCUCUGGGAGGCACCAGCGUUCUGUGGUGGUUAUAUAUCGACUACAGGAUGACAAUGAAUGAAACUAUGUCUAAGGAUUUGAAGGAAGCAGAAGAGGCCAAUGGUGACAUAAAGCCCCCGAAAAACCACGCUCAAGGUCUGCUCAUCUAUGCAGUUUCAGCGACUGUGUUUACGGGAAUUUUGUUGCUUCUGAUGUUGUUCAUGAGGAAAAGGGUGGCCCUGACAAUUGCCCUUUUCCACGUGGCGGGAAAAGUGUUUAUUCACCUUCCGCUGCUGGCACUGCAGCCCUUCUGUACUUUUCUGGCUCUUUCUGUAUUCUGGGUCUACUGGAUACUGGUCCUACUCUUCCUCGGCACCACUGGGAACCCAGAGAAGAAUGAGGACACGGGUUUGGUUGAGUUCAGGCUCACAGGCGCGCUGCAGUACAUGACCUGGUACCACGCAGUGGGUCUGAUCUGGAUCAGUGAGUUCAUCCUGGCUUGUCAGCAGAUGACUGUAGCCGGCGCUGUGGUAACCUACUAUUUCACGAGGGACAAAACCAAACUCCCAGUGACGCCCAUCCUGUCAUCAGUGCUGCGGCUGGUGCGCUAUCACCUGGGCACUGUGGCCAAGGGCUCCUUCAUUAUCACCCUGGUCAAGAUCCCACGCCUCAUCCUAAUGUACAUUCACAACCAACUCAAAGGAAAGGAAAACGCUUGUGCGCGCUGCAUGCUGAAGGCCUGUAUCUGCUGUCUGUGGUGCCUGGAGAAGUGCCUCAAUUAUUUGAAUCAGAAUGCAUAUGCGGCAACGGCCAUCAACAGCACCAGUUUCUGCACGUCGGCCCGUGAUGCCUUCAUGAUCCUGGUGGAAAACGCUCUAAGGGUGGCGACCAUCAACACCGUGGGAGAUUUUGUACUGUUUCUGGGCAAGAUUCUGAUUGUGACGUGUACAGCGUUUGCAGGGGUGUUAGCUCUGAACUACCAGAGGGAUUACACGGAGUGGGUGCUGCCACUCAUUAUCGUGUGUUUGUUUGCAUUCCUGGUGGCACACUGCUUCCUGUCCAUAUUCGAGAUCGUGGUGGACGUGCUCUUCCUCUGCUUUGCCAUUGACACCAAAUACAACAACGGCACACCUGGGAGAGAGUUCUACAUGGACAAGGCCUUGAUGGAGUUUGUGGAGAACAGCCGGAGGGCAAUGGCGAUGGAGGAGCGGGGGCGCAGCAAACGUGCCCAUCCCAAGGAAGAUGUAGAGUUGACGGAAGUUAAUGCCAUGGUGAGUGGUGAUGUGGGCAUUGCAGGGACAGAGUGGCAGAUCUUACAGGAGUUUCACCUGUACUAUCUGCUGCUGUGUGUGCUGGUGGACUGGGCCCUAUCAGAGCACACUCUGGUGUUGUGCCUCACCCAAGACAUGAUCAUCUUCCUUUCUGUCUGCCUGCCCACCUCCACCCUCUUCUUCCUGGGCACUCUGCUCCAGAACAUGCCCGUCGCUGCUGCUGCAUGCUGACUAAUGCUUCCUCACCGCCUCCCUACAUCCAUUCUUUCAUCCAUCCUUUUUUCUUCACACUAACAGAGCACGAGCAUCUAUUUUUCUACUUGUGGAUUAAUAUUUUUCUUUUUCAUAAUUAUUUUUCAUAAUUAUUAUUAUUUUAUUUUUUAUCCAUUCGUGCCUCUUUUUUUACUGACUGUCUUGAACUUAUUUGGUGACUGUAAACUGUAUUUUUUAUCUGUGGCCUUAAAAUCACCAUGUUGCUCUUUGGAGGAAAGAUAAUUAUCUACCAGACUGGAUAAAUAAGAGGAGCAGAGGAAGGGAAAGGUAAUGAUAAAACAGUCUUUCACUGUAACGUUGGGUGUCAUAAUAUCACCUGUAUUUUAACAGGUAUGAUGGAUUCCCCAUAAUUUUUACUGGCCACCUUUCAGCUGUGAAAGUUAAAGUUGAAGUUGACAUUGGAAAUAGACACUCUUUGGAUUGUUAAACAGUUGCAAAGUCUAACUUACUGGACAUACCAUUGGAAAUCAUGCAGUUUAAACACCUGAAUUAUUAUUGUGCAGCUCUGGGAUGUUGUGGUUAUCUUUUAGUAAGAACUGGUUAGUUUGACUUAUAGAAUAUAAUUGGAACCAACUGUACAUGGGUAGUUGACAUGAAAUGUCAAACAGUGUCUAAAGUUUUCUGCAUUUUGACAUGUUAUAGUUCAUCUAAAGCUGUCUUACAGGAACAGUUCACCCAAAUUUGAAAGUUCUCUCUUUAAAUUGACAAUGUGGUUAACGACAUAAAUUUUGGCCUGUUCCUCAAAGAAAGAUUUUAGGAGGACUUGGUUGUAUGUACCGCUUUUAUUGUGCUUUUGCAUCCUUUUUUGAAGCUUGAAAGCUUGCAUGGAAAAGAACCUCCAGUACCAGAGUUUACAGUUGUGCUCAAAAGUUUGCAUACCUUGGCAGAAAUUGUGAAAUUUUGGCAUUGAGUUUGAUUUUUAUUUAAGGAUAGUGAUCAUAUGAAGCCAUUUAUUAUCACAUAGUUGUUUAGCUCCUUUUUAAAUCAUAAUGAUAUAUGAAAUCACCCAAAUGGCCCUGAUCAAAAGUUUACAUACCCUUGAAUGUUUGGCCUUGUUACAGACACACAAGGUGACACACACAGGUUAAAAUGCAAUUAAAGGUUAAUUUCCCACACCUGUGGCUUUUUAAAUUGCAAUUAUUGUCUGUGUAUAAAUAGUCAAUGAGUUUGUUAGCUCUCACGUGGAUGCACUGAGCAGGCUAGAUACUGAGCCAUGGGGAGCAGAAAAGAACUGUCAAAAAACCUGAGUAACAAGGUAAUGGAACUUUAUAAAGCUGGAAAAGGACAUAAAAAGAUAUCCAAAGCUUUUAAAAUGCCAGACAAUACUGUUCAAUCACUUAUUAAGAAGUGUAAAAUUCAGGGAUCUCUUGAUACCAAGCCAAGGUCAGGUAGACCAAGAAAGAUUUCAGCCAGAGCUGCCAGAAGAAUUGUCCGGGAUACAAAGAAAAACCCACAGGUAACCUCAGGAGAAAUACAGGCUGCUCUGGAAAAAGACGGUGUGGUUGUUUCAAGGAGCACAGUACGACGAUACUUGAACAAAAAUGAGCUGCAUGGUCGAGUUGCAAGAAAGAAGCCUUUACUGCGCCAUUGCCACAAAAAAGCUUGGUUACAAUAUGCCCGACAACACCUUGACACGCCUCACAGCUUCUGGCACACUGUAAUUUGGAGUGACGAGACCAGAAUAGAGCUUUAUGGUCACAACAAAUAAGCGCUAUGUUUGGAGAGGGGUCAACAAGUAUUGUGCUCCUUGAAACAACCACACCGUCUUUUUCCAGAGCAGUUAACAUGUGUUUAUCUGUAGAUGCUCUUUACAGAAAUGCUGGUUUUGUUAAAGAGACAGUACCAGUUUUAGCAUAUACUUAUUUACAUUGCAAUUAAACUAUAACAAAUAUAUGAAAUAUAAUAUCUUAUUGAUUAAAUAUAUGGAUUUGUUCAUUUUAAAAAAUCCAAAAUGUGACCAAAAUGAUGAAAAACUAAUACAGUUUAAUUAGUAAAAUUAAUAUUUUCAUAUUGUACCUAGUUAGAAGGUCCCCUGUAUGAUUAACAGUAUUAUCUGGGAGAGAAUUUAUUUUAUAUGUAAGCAAAAGGGACAUUAAAACUGAAAUAUUCCCAUAUGAAUCGAUAUUGAAAUCAGAAUCGAAUCGAGAGCUUAUGAAUCUAAAUCGAAUUGAAUCGGGAAAUCUGUAUCAGUAACCGGCCCUACAUCGUUGAUUUAGAAAUUGCGGUCACAGUAGGUACUUACGAUGGAAGUGAAUGGGGCCAAUCCAUAAACAUGAAAAUACACACUGUUUCAAAGAAUAGCCAAAAGAUGUAGACAUUAUACGUGUUAACAUGAUUUUAGAGUGAUAAAAUCACUUAUAGGUUCUAUGGCGUUUUGUUAUCAUGGCAAUAUUGAUCUUAUAUUGGAUAUAACUUUAAUCUGAUAAGCUUGGUAUGCGAUUUUAUCACACGUUUGUUUGUUUUUUUAAUUAACCUUGAUUUUUUUUUUUUUUUUUUUUUGUGGUAAUCAGUAUUAUGCCACAAAUGCUAUCGAUUGAGCUUAACUUGUACUGAACAACUGGGAUAUUUUUUUAACAUGGAAUAUUUGUACUUUUAAAACCUCAUUCACCAUGUCGCAGGACUGUUUAAGUGAACUGAAAAUAAAAAAGAAAGCUAAAACGUGAUUAAAAAUGGCAGUAAACUUAAAUUGUUACGAAAUGGAAAUGAAAUUAUCACAGCAUCUAAAAUAUACACAUUCCCUUACAGUAUACAUAUACAUUUUAAUCUAAAAUCUUGAUGUUGAAAUGAAGAUGUUAUUUGUCAACUACCCAUAUACUCUCUAUUGUCCUUAAAUGUUUCACUGUAAAUGGUGUUGGCUUAUUACAGAUAUGAGAAUCUGCUUUCCAUACAUCAUCACAUCAUAUCUCAACAUGCAUGGCUUCUCACACCUGCAUCAAGUUUUGCAAUGCCAUUUUUAUGGUUUUAACCCAUUUUUUGGCAUUUCAUUGUGCUACUUGAAGAAGAUUGAUGAAGUGGAUUCCCUCCUCCAGAUGUUCUCUGAUUGAUUCUUUGUUUGUCUGGGAGUUAUGAGACUUAAAUAACUUGUUUCUUUCCUUUAGGCUCCUGGGACAAGCUCUGCUUGACCAAAAUCAGCCCAUGGGACUUUUUAAAGACAUUCCAAAAUGUUUAUUUUUACCAAUGUGUAACAUGUUUACUAUGGUUUCACUCCAGGGAAUACAAUAUUUUAAUAAGAAACUGUAAAAAAAAAUAAAUGACAUAACAAUGUAAUGAAGCACUUUAUAUUGGAGCGCUGCAUAUUUUAAAAGCCUGAUGCAUUUUUCGUAGUGAUGUCCUUUUUAUAAGACUAAAAAAAACCAGUUGCCAUCUAGUGAAACACAGUAUUAAUAAUGUCUAGAAUCACUGUUUUUAUUAUGUAUAGUUUUCAUAACAAACCUUUUUUAAAUUGGUUUUCUUUGCGUAAAUGAAAACAAAAAAAAAACGUCAUACUGCAGUGCAGCACUUGUUUUUUUUUCUUCUUCUUCUUUUAAUCUAAAUACCGAAGCAUCUAUGCUUUUAUUUCACACUUUUAAAAAAAGACUUAUGCUUAGCCAUGUUAUUUUACAAAAUAAUUUGACCAUGCCUGAAAAUGAAGUCAGAGGAUCCCUGCAUUUAACUUCUGUGUAAAAAGGUUGGUUGAUUUCCCUCCAAUGGUGUUUUUUGUUUGUUUCUGAGUUAUGACAAAACUUUAAAUGUCUGUUUUUCUUGCUGUGACUGUUAGUGUUGUAAGACAUUGGCCUGGUUGCAUUAUACUGAAAGAUAGAAGGAAGAUAAUGGUUUUAAACUACAAUCAGCUGCUGCUGUAACUAUGGUUACGAGUGGAAUUUUAAAAUACACAUGUAUGGAUGUCUUUGUAUUAUUCAACAAAAUAUCAAACCAAUGGCAUUUACAGUGGCAAAAAAAGUGUGUACCCUUUGGAAUUAGCUGGUUUUCUGCAUUAAUUGGUCAUAAAAUGUGAUUCUUUUUAUAAUCUUUCAUGUCUUUAUUGAGCUCAUCGCAUUAAGCAUUCACAUUUCUGUGGAAAAAGUAAGUGAACCCUUGGAUUUAAAAAUCAGAAUGAGCUUUAUUGCCAAGUAUGCUUAAAUAUACAGGGAAUUUGUCUUGGUGACAGAAGCUUCCCAUGCACAAACAAUACAACAACAAGACAGAUAUAAUACAAAAUAGAAUAAAAAUAAAAAUUGAAUAGAAAAUAUAAGUAUUUACAGAAAUGCACAAUAGGACAAUAUCAAUAUAUAUAUAUAUAUAUAUAUAUACGUAUGUACAAUAUACAAAUACAAUCAGUUAUAAACAGAAGCAAGGGAAUGUAAUGGCAGAAGAGGUGUAUUGCACAUUAAUUAUUGCUCAGUGAGGCAGUUUUAACUGUUCAUGAGAUGGAAAGCCUGAGGGAAAAAACUGAUCCUGUGCCUGGCGGUUCUGGUGCUCAGUCCUCUGUAGUGUCGGCCAGAAGCCAACAGUUCAAAAAGGUAGUGGGCAGGGUGAGUGAGGUCCAGAGUGAUUUUUCCAGCCCUUUUCCUCACUGUGGGAGUGUAUAGUUCUUGAAGGGGGGGCAGGGGGCAACCAAUAAUCCUCUCAGCAGUCCGAACUGUCCUUUGUAGUCUUCUGAUGUCUGAUUUCGUAGCUGCACCAAACCAGACAGUUAUAGAAGUGCAGAGGACAGACUCAAUGACUGCUGAGUAAAACUGUAUCAGCAGUGCCUGUGGCAGGUUGAAUUUCCUCAACUGUUGAAGGAAGUACAACCUCUGCUGGGCCUUUUUCACAAUGAGUCAAUGUGGGUCGAUGGUAGUGCCCAGUAACCUGAAUGACUCCUGCUGCCACAGUGCUGUUCAGAAUGGUGGUUUAAUAACUGGUUGAUCCACCUUUGGCAGCAAUAACCUCAACCAAGCUUUUCUGGUAGCUGCGGAUUAGACCUGGACAACAUUCAGAAGGAAUUUUGGACCAUUCUUACUUACAGAACUGCUUCAGCUCAGCCAUAUUCUUAGGAUGUCUGGUGAUAACGGCUCUCUUGAGGUCAUUCCACAGCAUCUCUAUUGGGUUAAGGUCUGGGCUCUGACUGGGCCUCUCCAAAAGGUGGAUUUUCUUGCCCUUUUUUAUGCCAUACAUAGUGCUACAUGUUCUUCCCAAGUAAUUCUACCUUAGUUUCAUCAGUCCACAAAACAUUUUUCCAGUAGCAUUGUGGAGUGUCAAGGUGGUCUUUGGCAUAAUUCAGACACGCAGCAAUGUGUUUGCUGGAAAGCAGCUGCUUCCUUUGUAUUGUCCUGCCAUGGACACCAUGCCCAUUGAAUGUUUUCCAUAUAGUAGACUCAUGAACAGAGAUGUAAACCAGUUCCAAUUAUUCCUUCAAGUCUUAAGCUGUCACUGCAGGGUUUUUUUUUUACCUCACUGAGCAUUCUGCGGUGUGCCCUUUGAGUCAUCUUGGAUGGACGGCCACUUCUAGGGAGAGUAGCCACAGUACUAAAUCAUCUCCAGUUAUAGACAAUUUGUCUAACUGUGGACAGAUGAAUAUCAAAGCUCUUCGAGAUAACUUUGUAAUGCUAUCCAUCUUUAUGCAAAGCAACAAUUUUUGAUCAUAGGUCUUCUGAGAUCUUUUGCGAGGCAUGGUCCACAUCAGCAGAUGCUUCUUGUGAAUAGCAACGUCAAAAUGUUUGAGUGCUUUUUAUAAGUCAAAGUAGCUCUAACCCACAUCUCCAAUCUCGUUUCAUGAAUUUGAUGCCAGGUUUGCCAGCUCCUGAUUUUUGUUGAUGCCAUUAGCCUAGGGGUUCACAUACUUUUUCCAACCUACACUGUGAAUGUUUGAAUGAUGUAUUCAGUAUGUACAAGAACAAUACAAUAAAUUGUAUGUUGUUAGUUGAAACAUUUUGUGUUUGUUCAGUAUUGUAACUUAGAUGAAGAAGAUCAAACCAGAUUUUAAGACAAAUUUAUACAUAAAUAUAGGUAAUUCCAAAGGGUUCACACACUUUUUGUUGCCACUGUAUUUACAAUAAAUAUAGUACAAAUAGAUAUAUUGUUAAAAAAAAAUUCACAUCUGUGGAACAUGUCCAUUGUUGAGUUUAGUUGUUCUGAACGACACCAGUGGUAACUCUGCUAGGACACCUGUGUGAACUUGAGGGGAACAUACUUCAUACAUCCAUUAAAAAUCAUUUUACACCAAUUGGUUGGAAUUAAUUUAAAAAAUGACUCUGAAAGUUGUAGUAAAGUGAAAAAUGAAAAUAGUUCUGAGAAAAGGUUUAGCACUUUGUUUGAUAUUUUGUAUCUAAUGCAGUGACAUUCAUACAUAUAUAAGUGAUUUAAAAAAACUAAAUAUUUUUGGGGCCUGUUCCUAGACAUGGUUUGUUUAAGCUUCAGAGCUGAUUCCUCAUGAUGACAGAAUCAUGUUCUUCCUUCAAAGAAAUAUGAGGUCGCUCCUGUUGGUAAAUGAGCAGCAGUGGGGGAAAUUAUGGUGCUGCAAUGUGGUUUUCUCACCUCUUUGUAAAAGUAUCUAUUUGAUUUUGUGUAAGUGACAUGACUUUGCCUCAGCAAAUGUUUUUCUUUUCCAUUUGACUGAAAUUGAGUACGUGAGCAUCUUCUAACCAUGAUAAAUAGCAUAAAGUCCUGAUUUCUCCUCCGGUAAAAAAAUUUCAUUCAACCGGUAGAUGUUAAAAUUCUUAUGGCAAAAUGUUGCCUUUGCUUUUGGGAAACAUGUUUUAAUGUUAGCUUUUACAUUGUUUCAUUAACUUAUUCUGUAGGUUUACUCAUUUUUGUUUGUUAAAUGUCUCAUUUGUUGCUUAAUUUUUCGUUUUGCAACCCCUGGAGUGUUCUGUUGCUUUAAAGGGAUAGUUCACCCAAAAAUGACAAUUCUCUCAUCAUUUACAUACCUCAUGCCAUUCCAGAUGUGUAUGGCUUUCUUUCUUCUGCAGAACACAAGUGAAUGGUUACCAAAAUUUUAAAGCUUCAAAAAGCACACAAAGGCUUCAUAAAUCCAUAAGACUCCAGUUGUUGUCUUCUGAAGCGAUACAGUGAGUUUUGGGUGAGAACUUAUCAAAAUGUUACUCCUUUUUUCACUGUACAUCUUGCCAUUGCAGUCUUGAUUACAUUUCCUAGUGCUUGACGCAUACGAAGAGCUCUAGAUGAUGCUAUAGGAAGUGAAAUCGAGCUUGAAAUCGUGAUCGCCAAGGAGACUGCUGAUUUCAAGAUUUAGAGUGAAAAAAGAGUUAUAUUUUGGUUUGUUUUCACCCAGAACAGAUUGGAAUGCUUCAGAAGACAUAGAAUAACCACCGGAGUCUUAAGGAUUACUCCUAUGCUGCCUUUGUGCUCUUUGGAGCUUCAGAGUUUUAGUCACCAUUCACUUGCAUUGUAUGGACCUACAGAGCUGAGAUAUAUUCUUCUAAAAAUCUUUGUUUGUGUUCAUGAGGGUGAGUAAAUGAGAGAAUUUAAAUUUUUGAGUGUACUAUCCCUUUAAAGGGGUCAUGAAGUGCUUUUCUUUUUCAAAUAUUCCCUGAGAUCCAGUGAUAAUGUUAUAAAUGUUUUUUUUUUUUUUUUUGCACCAAAACAAUCACAAUUUAGUAAUAUAUGAUCAUCUUCCACCCUGUUUUGGGCCCUCAGUCUGAAACGCUCCGUUUGAACCUAAGCGCCUCCUUAAAACUUCAACGUAAACGCCCACUGUUCUGAUUGGCUAACAUCAUGCAGCCCCUCAAAUUCAGCAAACUCAAUCGGAAGAGAAUGAACCUCGACAUUAUAAAGCAAAAUUGCAGUGUUUACACAACACACAUCAAACACAUUGCAUCCGAAUAUAUUAAACUGUUUAUCUCAAGCACAACUGUUAACACUCAGCACCAUAAACUAUCAAACAGUCAUGACAUUUGAAAUAUUCAUGAAUGAAACAGUUUACUUACUGUUUUUGAAGUGUUUUCAUCUGCCCCAUCCUUCAAUAACAGUUCCUUUGCAAAGCUUGAAUCGUAUUUUGACUGUUAACAAGCAAUCCGUGCUGCAUGAGCCAAAAAAAAAAAAACGAACCCCGUCAUAGUCCAAAGAAUGGUGAAAUUACGCACACACAUACUGAAGGCGCAUUGAGUCGCACAUCGCCGGAAACACACCGAAACGGUCGAAGAUUACCAUUGUUCAUCGCCAAAGACGGCCUAUGUUUACAUACACCGACAAUUAAAAGUAGCGCAGAUAGGCGAAAGAACGCGUCCAUGACAGAGGCAGCAGCUGAAUGAAAGAGAAUUGCUUCUCCCUUUCAGAGUUGUAACUUGACACCGCAUCUUUUAAAAGCGGCGAGUUACAUGACAGCGGUCAAAGAGUCUGUGUAGUUAAUUUUUAUAUACAAAAUAAUUCAAUAUAGUCCAGAUGGGUCCCCUUUGGUGUUAUGUUAGGAAUAGUUAGCUACACAAGGCCUGCCAUCUUGACUUGAACUGCGCGCCAGUGGGCGGGGCCAAGGGUGUGAUGACACAUGUUGUGGGAUGUGCAAAUACAAAUUAGCAAUGUUUUGUGACAUCACGAACAGACAGAUUUCAAAACAAGAUGCUGCAGCAGGGUGGCAGCUAUAAAUGCUCUUUUUAGACUGGGGAGGAAGUUUUGAAUUCUGAAAUUUAAAGUAUGUUUUUAAAGUGCAGUUACCUCUUAUAUGUCUAAAUAUCAAGGAAAAUUUGAUUCUCCAUUUCAUGACCCCUUUAAGCUAAGGGCAUAUAACCUGCAUAGCAGCACUAACUUUCAUAUCUGCAUCAAACCCAAGUCUUCCUACUCGUUCAACACAUUUUGAAAGAAUCAUCGUUUUAUUUUCUGUUAGACAGCGCUGUGAAAUUGUUGUAUUCGGAGAUGAGUCACACAUAACUCGCAUUUUGCCUGAACCAAUUAAGUGAAUGUCACCCCCUGCUGGAUUACGUUGGUUAGUUCAGUGCAGUACAGUACAGGACAAGAAUAGAAAAAUUACAGCUCCCUACCUUCAUAGUAAUUUACCUUACUCAUCAAAUGCCACAACAUGGUAGAUGCCACUUACGACAAUAUGUAUAAUUUAGGAAUCUGCAUCCAUUUAUUUAUGUCCUUUUUCUAACAAAUGUCAGACUUAGCAAAAAUGUCGUGACUUGAAUAAGUGAUGUAUGCAGUUUUUGUAUGGAUGUUUUGAAUGUCAUGUUACAUAUUGAUAAAUAUUGACUGAGGAAUUAGCUUUUUAAAAUAAUAAUUAUUCUUUACAUGGGUUAUCUUGACCGUAUACAUUAUUUCAUGUUUUGGUGUCUUGUAUUGGAGGGAAAUUUUGUGAAUUGUGUUAAAACAAGGAGACCACAAAGACCUUUUGGGAGGAUUCACAGUUGAACACAGAUUUACUUGUGAGAAAUUGAGAGCAUGAAUUAAAAAAAAAAAAAAAAAAAAAAAAAUUGCCACACAACACUAUUAUGCUCAAAGCAUGUUAAAUAUUGCACUAAGAUGGCAUACAUUUAAACACAGAGAUGAGUUAAAGAUAUCUGUAAAAACAUUUAUAGAACUUUACAAUUGUCAAUAUAGAGAUGUUUCAUAAAUGUUUAAAGAUCUUCUCUGUCAACAAAA